UCCUCUUCAUAUUUCAUCCAUUUGAAAAUUGAAAUCAAAACCCUUCCCUUCGUGUCUUUCGUGAGUUUGUGUCGUCCGGACCGGUCGCCACUUCCUCUCCGCCGGCGCCUGUCACUGCCACUUGCCAGCCGUUCCAGACUUCCAGUCCUGCAUUUCCUAGAUUAGGCGCUCUAAUCUCCGUCUCCGACUCUAGUGACUCAUCCUCUGCCGCUCCUUAAACCGCCAACCGCCACCGGAACCGGCUAUUCUUCCAGCAAUUGGAGGCAGCCAGCCCAACGAAAGAAGAAGCCGGAAGAAGUUGAGGAAGACUUGUUGAAGAAAAACUUAUAGAGCAUCGAGUAAUGGUGGGUUGGAGGUGGAAUCUGCAGUCUUUAAUAUAUCAGGCUGCCAAGAGAUUGGAAUACUGUGGCAAUGGUUCAUUUAAUGCUUUCUAUCACUCCAAGACUUCUCUAAGGCCCGGUGAGUUCCAUUGUUUAUCAAGCCUGCGGAAUUCACUUUCUACAACCUUAUCAAGUCAACCGCACCACUAUAUACAGAAUUGGGGAUUCACCAGUUCAAGGAGAUUGCUUGUGGAGUCAUCUGAAGCAGCUCCAGUUUCUUCCCCAUUAAUUCUGGUUUUACCCUCAAGCACUGGAAAUACUGAAACUCAAAAGGUUAUUUCGAAGCCUUCAAAAGUUCAAGCAGUUUUAAAGAAAAUUAAACAGAGUCCUAAGAAGCUGAACUUGGUUGCUGCGUUGGUCCGGGGAAUGCGUGUUGAAGAUGCACUAUUGCAGUUGCAAGUGACAGUAAAGAGAGCUGCUAAAACUGUCUAUCAGGUUAUACAUUCCGCUCGUGCUAAUGCAACCCACAAUCAUGGGCUUGAUGCAGAUCGUCUUCUUGUUGCUGAGGCAUUUGUUGGAAAGGGAUUCUUCAAAAAGAGGGUUUCAUACCAUUCUAAAGGUAGAUCUGGAAUAAAAGUGAGACCAGAGUGUAGGCUGACGGUGGUAAUCAGGGAGAUAACCCCAGAGGAGGAGGCUGAGAUAGCUAGAUUGAGGGUCAACAACUUCCGCAAGCUUACUAAACGAGAGAAGCGACUGGUGCCUCAUAAACUUAUCGAGACCACCCCAAUAUGGGAUCGCAAAAGUAAAACAAGGAGUCAGGAAUCUAGUGCUAUUGGUGCGUGAACUCCUUCAUGAUGACAUCGUGGGAGAUCGCCGAGAGAAUAAUAUCGUUCUUGUUUCUUGCUUUUCUUGGAUGUUUCUCGUUUAGCAUUUGGAAUGUAAUCACCUUAUGGUUCAAUGAAAUAGGUCUUGUUUGUCUAGGGCUGUUUUGAGUUGCACUAGACUAACAACUGAAAUUUGCACUCUCUCUUAUGGGUUGGUGAAUGGCAUAUUUUUUGUUGGAUAA